GGAGGAGGAGCCGUGCGGGUCAGCCCAGCCCCGGAGCCGCCUCUAGCCGGAAGCCUGCGAGGCCCGCCUGCCCGCGCCCGGGACCGAAAGUGACGCAUCUAUCUUGCAACAGCCGGCGAGGGUCGCCGUUGCCCGCUCCCAGAACUCCAUGGCUACUGUCGCCUCCCGGACAGACUCUCCCGGCACAGAUGUCUUUGUCACCCGCCACGGUGCCUUCGUUGUCCGCUCUGACCUGGGUUGCUUCCUUCAAGCUCUCGACUUCUGCUCAGGUCAAGAUAUCAAGGUCUGGGAGCUGCACCCAGCCUGCCGGGGCGGGGACCACUACGUGGGGGACCCCUCCAGCUCGGCCGUCUACCUCCUCCGGGGGGACGCGUUCUUCAAAGUCCCAGACCUGAGCUCUGAACCGCCCACCGGCGCCCUCCCACUGCACCCCAGCUGCCGAGGGGGUGACCACUACACCUUCUGCGAGGACCGUUUCUCCAUCUUUUUCCUGACCCGCGGCAUCGUCCUCUCUGUGGCUGACUUGGCCACGGGCGGCUCAGCGAAGGAGAUCUCUUUGGAGCCCGCGUUUACGGAUGGACUGUACUAUUACGGGUCAGACGCCAAUCGCCUCGCCUGCUUCAGGAUGGAUGCGGAACGUGGCCUUUGCGGCCAUGCGUGGUCCACAGCGGGCGAUGAAGAGGUCUUCUCCGUCCACCCUGACGUGCUCUCCUUCCUCCCCGGUGGCCUGGCUGUCGUUUAUGGGCCUGCCUUCGGAGUUUGGGAGUGCCUGACGCUGAUGUCCAACGCCUCGGACCUCCCGGUGCCCAGCAGCCAGGAAAUUACGCGGAAAGUCGGCUAUUCCAAGAAGGCCUUGAGCCAAAAGUUCUCCAUCUCCGGGUCUCUGGAUCCCGAGUCAUUGACUGUCUCCCUUCUUCAGUCUCAGUUUUCCCUCCCCGCUGCUCAUGGCGGGAUGGGGCUGCGAACGGAACAGGAAGAGUGGGAGGAAGUGUCCGAAGAGGAGGAGCCCUUACGGGUCUUCCUGCAGCCCAGGCAGAAGCUGUAUUGGUGGCAGUACCGCCUGGGGCUGGGGAAAGAGCCCAUCCUGUUCUGCCGCGCUCUCAAGGUCACCCGCAGCCCUUCGCCCCCUACCCACAUCCCUCUGCCGCCGGCUGACUCUUGAUGCCAGGAGGGUGGCGUGGCUCCUCGUGGUGGGUGAAAUAAAAAAGGAAGCUGC